GAAAUAUAUUCUGUUCAAAGGUACAGAAUGAUUUGAUAUUUAAAUCUGUUGAUUGAUAAGGGUAUCAUAUUUGUCCUGAUAACAAUGUCCCAACAUCAACCAUAGAGGGCCCCAGUGACACAUUUAAACCCAACCCUUUGUGGGCCCCAGUUGUUGCAACCUUUGAUGCGAGUUGCUCAUCCAGUGAUCAAGGUGGAAAUAUUCCUGCAACAAGUUCUACUGGUAGCCAGCCUGGCAGGUGCUUGUUUGGGUGUCAGAUGUUUGUGUCAGUGACUGGCGACUCCCUGGAGAUGGGAGGUAUAAAUAUCCCAUACAGGGGGAUGUGAGUCACACCAGUGAGGCUCCCACUUUCCAAUCUUUCUCCAGACAAUAUCAUCACUUCGCCAUCGGACAAGUUGCUCUCAAUUCUGUUUCUGCAAUUAGUUGAGACCAGUGAAAGUGUAGCUAAAAGCUUAAUAGCUAUACAGGCAGGCUCAUUUUCAGGAAAGUGGUUGCUUUCAUAAUUUCAAUUUAUUUGUUUCGGACAUUUGUGUAACAAAUGUCUCUGAUUCGCCAAGUGCCGGUAUCCUGGGAUGCGCCCACUUCCUGGAACAGACAGGGCUGGAACAUGGAUUACUUUAAUCCAGAACGCCAGCUCGGCAUGCUGGAUCGAGAAAUGAGAGAUAUGAAUCUCCGAUCGGGACUGCGCGAUAUGAACAUGAGUUCCGACAAUCGAAUCUCCAACUUCCGAUCUGGCUUUGACAAUUGGGCGCCAUAUCCAAGGUCGUCAUCAUCGUUUCAACCCAGCAUGCCGAUGAUGACGAUGCCAUCAUUUGAUGGCGACUUUCAGUAUUCCUUGCGACAUAUGGAUAGAGAGAUGAAGAGAAUGACGGAAGAAAUGAACAGGAUGUUUUCCCAUUGUCAACACCUUGUUCCAGUCGACUCGCAGCCUGAGACCUGGAGAACGCGGGAGAACUUCCUUCUGGAGAACCCAAUUGUGCACGAUCAUCAAGGAGGCAAGAAAUUUCAACUUCAGUUCGAUGUUCGCCAGUUUAAACCCGAAGAAAUUAUGGUGAAGACUGCUGACAAACAGCUCUCGGUGCACGCUCGCCACGAGGAGAAGGGAGACAACAAGUCUGUGUUUCGCGAAUACCAUCGCCAGUUCAUGCUCCCUACAAACAUUAACCCAGAAUCCCUUGUGUCCAAGUUGACCAGAGAUGGUCUCUUGUCCAUUGAGGCGCCGCUACCAGCUUUGGAAGAAUCGCCUAAACUCAUUCCCAUUGAGCAUAAUUAAACAACCAUGAACAUUGAAAGGAGGACAGAUGAUUGAAAUGGACCAAUAUAGUGUAUCUUUUCGUUCUUUAAUAUUGUGUAAUAUUGGGAUCUGGACUGACGAAAUCCAUUCAGGUAGAGGAUUGCAGUAUCUGUGAGUUUUCUAGUCAUUUCUUAUACUAUGACAUUUAAUUAUAUUUAUUACAGCCAUUUGUAAUAUGCAGUGUACAUAUUCUGGCUAAAUGCAUAUACCUGUUGAACAGGAUAAUGUUCUAUAACUGAUUAUGGUGCUAUUUGGGUGGAGUUUGUUGAUUGACAGUACUGCUGUGUUAUAAUUGAGGGGAGUGUAUACUAUAUUCAACCUAAUUAGUGCCCAUUCCCCAUGUAUGAGCCAAUGCAAUCCUAUAUGCAGGGAUAAUUCUAGGGUGGGGCCUUGUGCUUUUAGCCCCUAAAGUUUCAAAUACAAUGGGGCAUUUUAACAUGGUGCUGUAUGGGCAAGUGUGGGUGUACUUCUGGAAUAUAUGAAAUGUUCACAUAAAGGUCCCAUGUCAGAAAAUUCCUAGAGUGAUCCCUGUAUAUGUAUGAUUUGAUCCCUCUUUUUCUUUGUGUCUUUGUAUGGACACUCAUUAGGUUGAAGUUAAAUAUGUUAUUUGAACUACGUAUCAGAUGUUUUAUGUUCAAUAUAUUUUUCAGAAAUAUUGCCAUGUCAUAAUAUAAAAACUACUCAAAAGAAGAAACGGAACACCAAUUUGUUCAUAUAACUAUAGUUUAUCUGUCAUGACAGAUUCACUAUGGUAAUAGGAGUGAGUGAGUUGGGUUUAACAGCUUUAAACAGU